AUGGCAAACAAAUAUGAUCAUCAGCACAACAUUCAGAACCAGAAAACCAUUUUUCUGCCGAUGCUCUGCCGCCUGUCCAUCACCGACGUCAAACUGAACAGCUACCGGAAAACCCACCUGCCGGCCGCCGGCGGAAGCGAGCCCACCUCCCCAAAAGUCAGCUGCAUGGGCCAGGUCAAGAGAAACAACCGCGUCAUAGGCUACCCCGCCGCCGCCAAGCCCACCAACGCCAAUCGGAAAAGAGCCGGCAAAACCAAUCUGCCGGCCGCCGCAGGUGGGAGGAGAAGCUGCAGGAUAAGCCGAGAAGUUACGGCCGCUAGGAAUUCGAGAGGGUCGAGGAAGACGGUCAAUUUCGAUCGGGAUGAGGUGGCGAUGGUGGUGGAUGUGUCGGAGAUGGAUCCGCCGCUGCCGGUGGUGAAGAGGGCGGCGCCGCCGCCGGGGGACGUGGUGAAUCUGUGGGAGAGAAGGUUCGGUGGGGCGGGCGGCCUGAAAAGAUUGGAUCUUGAGAAGAUUCGUCGGCCGGGCGGUGUGUUUCAACCACCGUCACCGUCGUUGACGGUGUGA